AUGAGAAAUCAAAGGAAAUCAUAAGUAACUUAAAAUAUCCAGUUUUAUAGAGUCCCUUUAGAACUAAUUAAUCUAUAAUGAGAGAUAGCCCAAAUACUUAAUUAGAUGAAUCAAGCAUAUCAACCAAUAGGGUACCCUAAAAUAGGGAAUCAACCAGGGCUAGAAUGAAGAUUAAUUAAUCUCAUAAUAAUGCUCUAGCUUAAGGUGGUUAAAUUAGAAAAUAAAUCGCCAAUGAAAGAACAUCAGCGAAAGGCGGUAAUCCUAAUGAAUUCAACCCAAAGAAAUUUGUGACUAAAGAUCUGAAAGUACUUAAUGCAAUCUAUUACAGGAAUCUGAUAUUAUAGAUAUCAAACAAGUUUUUGAUUAUUAUGAUUCUGAAUAAGCGGGCAUUUUAUCACCAAAUGAUUUGGAGUAACUACUUACUAGUUUUGGAUAUCAUCCAACCAAAGAGACACUUUAUGGUAUUAAGGUUUCAAUCAUAACCUUUUAGAAAUUUUUUCAGAAUUAGAUGAAGACGAAUUAGGAGGAAUCACUUUUGAAUAUUUUCUCUAAAUUCUAAAUCAAGACAAAUCGAAGGCAGAAAGAAAGGAUACAAUCAGAAGAGUCUAUAGGAAAUACGACAAAAAUAAUAAAGGUUUCGUAACCCUUCAAGAUUUAAGACAAGUCGUGUACAAAGAUUUGAAAGAAGAAAUCGAUGAGGAAGUCUUAGCAGAAGUAAUUUAUAGGAAUAAAAAAGAUCUUUAAAAAAACAGACUCUAAUCAGGAUGGAAAGAUGACAUUUGAAGAUUUCUAUAAUGUAAUGACCAAAAAGGUGUAUUAUUGAUAUUAUUAUACAGUGC